AUGGAACUUCUCGACCGUUUUGGCAAAUGGGCUCAGCUCAAGAUCUACCAGAUCGAAGUCACCUUCUCUGUUUACAUGUUCACACCUACCGAGCGGUUCAUCUUUUGGUCCAUUGUCUUCCUCGUCAACGCCCUCACCCUUAUCGCCACGAUCCUGUACAUGCCGCAGCAUAUUGUCUUCAUCGUGAACCGCGCGUGGUUUUACAUCAACGGCGACAGCAUCGAUGUUGUCGGGGUGGCAAAGGACGCCGCCCAAACACUGGCGGUGAAGGCCGCAGCCAACUCGCAAACGAUCAGUUCAGAGGCCAUCUCGGAGAUUACAAACGCGGCAACCACUGCAGCAAGCGUAGUUAGGGAGUUGUAA